UAUUUAUAAAUCAUAAAGAAAAUACUCAAAGGAAUUAAAUAACGCUGCGAGCACUGCUUGUAAGUACACAGGCAGUGUAAAAUAACAACCCUGCAUAAAAUAGCAAACCUGUCGGUUCACAAGUAGUUACGCACGUGUAGUUUGUUUACAAAAGUGAUUGGAUUGCAUUUUAUGUUAUAAGCUUUGUUUUUAUAAAAUGUCAACAGAAUUAGAAUUUAAACAGUGGCUUCAGCGGCCUGAAAAAACAUUUUUGGAAAGUAUAGAGUUUGCAAAUAAAGCAUGGCUAUCUGCAGAUUUUACACUUUCUAGCAAAUAUGAAGUAAUUAUAACUUGGUUAACUGAAAAGCUUAAUGAUCAGUCUAUUAAACUAAAAGAAUAUCCAUUCAAUGAAAUCAAACAGCUUUUUAAACUACGUGCACAACCCGGCUUAAUAAGCCAACAAAUAAAAAGUAAUUUCAUUAAUAGUUUUCUAAAGCUGCUAGAGAAUUCGAAAUCCGGCAAGAAAUUGCAACGCACCAUACCUGAAACAUUACAAAGUUUAAUAGAAUUUGAACCUUUCCAAGAUGUUUUGCGUGCAGAUUACGAUAUGUUAGCAUACAUAUAUGCGCAAUUAUUUCAACAUUAUCAAAAAUAUUUAUUAAGCUAUAUUAAUGAACAUAACAAACUGCUGGCGACACAUGAAACUAAUUUCUUUGUAGCUGUACUGAAUAGUCUAAAGGAUAACGCUAAGAAAGCUAGCAAUACACACAGAUUAGAUACUUCCUACUGCAAAUAUAUUUUGCAACCAUUAACCGAAGUGAUCCUCAUAUUGGAAAAUAACUCCUUAUGCUUCUUUGACGAACUUGCGAUACUUGAACGUCAAAUUUGUGAAGGCUAUAAGGAAGGUUUUAUAAUAAAACGAAUUUUCGCAUUGCCAUUACAUGUGCGACUAUUGGUAAUUGAAUGUGUUGUGGUUAAUUUUCGCAAUGCUGAGCAUUUCUUAAAAUCGGUAUUGAUGGAAAUCUUCAAAGCUGAGAUUGUGGGCAUAGAUCCAGCAUUAACACUCACUGUAGCUGCGUACACUUUAGAAGUAUUUCGGAAGCAUGAAGUUAAUUUAAAUUUGAAAGUAACUGAGAAGGAAACAGCUUUGGUGUUGCUUGGUAAACGUAUAUUUUCUUAUGUACAAGAAUAUAGAAGUCAACAUUUACAAGAGACACUAUUACUUCUGUGUGCAGCGUUACGUUUAAAUCCAUUGAUACUGGAACAGCAUAUUUUUAUUAUAACAGCUUGGUUAGUGACUGCAGAUAAAGUAGCUGGUGGUGAUGAAGAAAGAUUAUUUGAAGAAUUUCUAAUUUUAACUAUUGAUAUGUUUCGACGUUUAAGUCGAGCUGAAAAAUUUGUUGUAAAUUUAACAAAAGCUCUUAAGCAGUACUUGAGUGAGUACCAAUUGUCCGGAAUAACGGAAGGUUCAAAAAGGAAACGGAAACAAAGCACUGCGACUCCUGCGAAAAAACCAAAAUUAGAUGAGUCUACUGUUGAAAAUAAACUAACAGAUGUAAAUAAUUAUUUCUUACAAAUAUUAUUUAGUAAAUUUAUUAAAAAUAACGAAAAUACUACAAAUUCUACAUUAACUGUGACAAAAUUAAAAAAUUUUCCACAGUUAAAAUCGUCGUGGCCUAGCGAAAGUGCGGGUUUAUCAUUUUCAAGAUUCAUAACCGGUUUAGUGUCGAAACCAUCACUCGUCAUAUGGAAAUCUUUAUUAUAUGCGCUAAAAGAUGUGAUCAGUAAUAUGAAUGAUAUGGAAGAGCUUGAUGAAAAUGCUAUAUUCGAAUUGGACUUUACUGCAGCUUUACUAUGUCAAUAUUUUGCUGGCUCUAAGCUGACUGAACAAUCUGAUAAAUUUAUAAAAGAAAUUGUUAGUCAAAGAGAAAUGACAGCUGAAGUGCUUGGCACAUUUGGAAGAUUUAUUUUAUCUCAUGUACAUAACAAACGCACUAUAAAUGCUUUUUUGGAAUGUUGUUAUUACAACAAUUAUUUUGAACUUAUACUUGUUUAUUACCGGCCCGAUGGAUUGGAGCAUGAAACAUUGAAAACAACUACUUUUAUACACAAUUUUUGUGGACAUCUAACAAGUGAAGAAUGGACAUUGAUAGAACAAAGAGUACUUAAUUUCGGCAAGUCAAGCUGCAAAUUCCUAUUGAACCGUUUAAACGUACAGCGUAUGCAAGCGCAAAUAUUACUGCAAGAGCAGCAAAGUAGCGCAGCAAAAUUUAGUCUACAAAAGUCCCUACUAUCUACUAUUAGUAACGACUCAGAGCAAUUGGAAUUGCUGCUACAAACACCACAAGCUAAAUGGAUUGUGUCUAAUUUGGCAAGAGAAGAAAAAAUUGAGAUUUGCAAACAAGUGCUGAUAAAACCGAAUCUACUUGAAGUCUUUACAGAUGAUUUAGAAUCCAUAGAAUUAAUUGUACUCGACUUAUUUGAGGAUUUAAGUAAUGCACUUAUAGAGAAUAAUAAAGAUUCACUUUUGGUUAGCAUUAAAUGUGAUUAUGUGGAACUUCGUGCAAAUACUGUAGCAAAUUUUGUCGAUAAACAUGUUAAAAAAAUAUUUAAAGAAAUAAAUUCAUGCACAGAUGUCUCCAGUAUAAAAGCAUUACCACACACCGAAGUAGAUAAGAUACUACACUACCUGCAAAAGUUGCCCAUUAGUUACUUGCAUAGGCAGACGAAAAAUUUACUUUUUGCUUUGCAGUUGGCACUUUAUAGAGAUCUCAUAGCUGCUGAGGCAGAUGAUUUAGCUAACAAAGCAUUUGAAAUUAUUACAGAUUUACUACAUUUUGGACCGCAAGUAGCAAUACUCAAGCACCUCUCUGCAGAAACACUAUUAAGGCUCUUGCCUCCUUCAAAUUGUUGGCAAUUUUAUGAAUUACUAUUUGCUACCAUAGAAAAAGAUGAGAAAGGUAGUGAGAUAUUUCUUACCUCCUUGUAUGAUAUAUUGAAAACAAUUGAAAAGGAGGGUAAAUUAAAAGAUGAUCCGCUCCGUUUACUUUUAUUAGCCAUGAGCACCCUAAUCAAUAUAAAAGGGCCAACAGCAAAAAGAAUGCGUAAACAUUUAGAAAACUUCUUGGAAAUAUAUGAUGCACUCGUUAAAAGACAUUUCAGUGAAAAUGAAGAUACAAAGAACAGCAAAAAAUUCGUUGAAAAAACUUUAGCUGGAUUUGCAAAUUAUGCAAAUUCUGUGCUCUCAAAAACUGCUAAUAAAACUGAAGAGACUGAAACGACAGUUGAGCAAAAUAUCGAUGAAAGUUUUAGGCGUAUAUGUAAAAUAUAUAUUGGAUACUCGAUGGAUUAUCGUAAUUCUCAUGCUAUUCGGUUAGUACAAGUGGCUUUGAAUCAUCGUAAGCAGUUGCAUUUAGAUCAAGAGGAAAUCGAAUUCGUAUUAACUAAUUAUUGGCAACAGCUUCAUGCAGAUCUAGAAAUGAGUCCAACUUUGAUACCGAAAACUACGGAAACUGUUAUAAAAACCAUUAUUGGCAAUAAAACAAAUGAAGAUUUUUUAUUUACCUUAACGGAUAUAAGCAGCAAAGUGUGUGAAACCCAAAAUUUGGACAACAUUUUAACAUUGCUAACAUUUAUAGCAAAAGCUCCAUUCAGUACAAUUAAAGGAGCUAUUUUCAAUGAGCAAUUCAAACAAAUUUCUUGUGAUAUUAUAUCACAGCUAACUAAAAAUGAACAACAACAAUUUAGUAACAUGGAAGUAGUUUCAAAACUAUUAGCAAGUCAAAAAGCAGUUACCGAUAAUAAAAUGGUGCCGUUGUCUCUCGAUACGCUCGAUAACAUACUUAGCUUUUUAAUGAAUAUAAACAUAAAAAAUUUCCAAAUAACCGAUACAAAUGUUGAUACUUUCAAUAAUCUACACAUGUCUAUGUUGGAAUUGUGUACUUCUCUUAUAAAACAUCGACAUAUGUUACUAUUAGAUCGGGUGCCGCAAUUUAUGUAUAUAUUUAAAGACUUAGUACAAUCGAUUGUAUGGUACAAGAGUGAACGUCAAAAGAAUUCUACACUAAGUUCAGAAGAAUUGGAUCAAUUAGCCGAAUUAGCUUUAAAACUGGAAAUUCUGAUGAAUAUAAUAGCUACUCACGGUGAACACAUAAAACGUGUAGCACCUUUUGUACUCACCUUUGUGAUAAGUCUUAUGGUCGCAAAUAAACCAGCCACAACUUUAUAUCCUAAGAUUAAAACACAUAUUGACAAAAUUUGUUUUGAUCUUAUUGGAAUUUGUGAUCAUCGCGUUGGACGUUUCAUACUGCGUUGCUCGAAUGAAGCUGCACGACAAGUAUAUGAAAAACUGGUCACUGAUCAUAAAAAGUAUCAUAAGUUUAAGGGCAAAGUAUAAUAUAUUAUGUUUGUAUAUAAUGUAAUUAUUAUAUAAAAAAUAGGUAUAAGUAAUAUUAAUAAAUUUUUUG